AAUCCAGGAGAAAGUAGGUAAGGGGUUUGGAAUUCAGGGAAAAGGUUUAAUCAGAAAAAAGCUGCAGUCAGGUGAUUUCCUGAGCAUCCCUUCAUCUGCUGACCUGUGCUGAUUCUUUAUCUACAUCCUGGGCAGCUGACCUCUUCCUGGAGCACAGCGGCUCAGAUACCAUCUUGGUCACUUACAGCUCUCCUGGGGCACAAAGGUCAAAUUGCUUGUGGGUCUCCUGAAGUCAUGGCAGGUCCAGUCAUACAUUCCAGUCCCGGGAAUAAUAGCUUUUCCACAUGCAUUAAUUAUCAAGCCUAUUAACUACAUAUCUGCAACUAAAAAGUCUAUGUGGAGUAAGUUCCCUCUGAACUUAACUUUUUGAGUUCCCCAUCAGGAGCAGCCCUGCUAUGGCCAGCUCCAAGCUAGGCCUCUUGCUGCUGCUGCUGCCCACCCAACCAGGACCCUCAAAGACUCAGCACUGGUCCCACGACUGGUACAGUGGAGGAAAGUGAGCCUCCAGCUCACCCCUGCACUGCCAGCAUGCCCCAAGGCCCCAGCAAUGCCCUGGCUCUCCCCACACACACACACUCCAGGUGGAAAGUGUGCCCUGGGAGGGCAGGACCACAGGCCAGGGGACCCUCCAUACGAAGCAGUACCUGGUGCAGACACUGCUGGUAAGUAGAGUGAGAGGCCCCAGGCAUUGGCCACCAGGGGCCAUAGUGGCUAAGGACUGGGGGCUAUGUGAGUGGAAGAUGGGGUAGACAGCACUGAGACACCCCUACCACAGCACCCCCAGCUGUUAGUGCCCCCUGCUUCUUACAAGCAGGGUGCUGUCUGCUAUUCUAUUUCCCAGAACGCUAAACAAUUUAUAAGAUACUUAUGUUAAAUUUAAAGACCGGAAGUCACUAAUGGGGUAGGAAAUAAUUGUACUGCACUAAGAAACCUCCAUAAGUAAGGCAGUGACUGCAGUGGGGUCCCCCAGGCUUGUUUCCUAGGGAAACCAUUGUGUUCCCCGGCCAGCAGAAAGAGGUGAGAGGCGGGACCUCACACUGACAGGUAGCAAGGCCUGGAGGACCAGGUAGUCACUGACAGUCACUGACAUGGCACUAGAAAUGGUAGCGAUUGCAGUCCUCCGAAGCCCUAGCAGAACACAGGUGUGUGGAGAUGGAUUACUACUACUUUGCACAUAGUAUUUUAAAGUGCACCAGGACAGCACGGUAACUAAAGGAGAAAGUAAUAAGAUUCCUAUACGGCAAAACCUUAUCGCCUAAUUUAAGUCCGUGUGAGCUCAGGUUUUUACCUAUCAGGUUU